AUGACCGACGUGGCCAUCGUGAAGGAGGGCUGGCUGCACAAGCGAGGGGAGUACAUCAAGACCUGGCGGCCCCGCUACUUCCUGCUCAAGAACGACGGCACCUUCAUCGGCUACAAGGAGCGGCCGCAGGACCUGGAGCAGCGCGAGUCGCCCCUCAACAACUUCUCCGUGGCGCAGUGCCAGCUGAUGAAGACCGAGCGUCCCCGGCCCAACACCUUCGUCAUCCGGUGCCUGCAGUGGACCACGGUCAUCGAGCGCACCUUCCACGUGGAGACCCCCGAGGAGCGGGAGGAGUGGACGACGGCCAUCCAGACCGUGGCUGACGGCCUCAAGAGGCAGGAGGAGGAGAUGAUGGACUUCCGGUCGGGCUCGCCCAGCGACAACUCGGGGGCCGAGGAGAUGGAGGUGUCCCUGGCCAAGCCCAAGCACCGCGUGACCAUGAACGAGUUUGAGUACCUGAAGCUGCUGGGCAAGGGCACCUUCGGGAAGGUGAUCCUGGUGAAGGAGAAGGCCACCGGCCGCUACUACGCCAUGAAGAUCCUCAAGAAGGAGGUCAUCGUGGCCAAGGACGAGGUGGCGCACACGCUCACGGAGAACCGCGUCCUGCAGAACUCGCGGCACCCCUUCCUGACGGCCCUCAAGUACUCCUUCCAGACGCACGACCGCCUCUGCUUCGUCAUGGAGUACGCCAACGGCGGCGAGCUGUUCUUCCACCUGACCCGCGAGCGCGUGUUCCCCGAGGACCGGGCCCGCUUCUACAGCGCCGAGAUCGUGUCGGCCCUGGACUACCUGCACUCGGAGAAGAACGUGGUCUACCGGGACCUCAAGCUGGAGAACCUGAUGCUGGACAAGGACGGGCACAUCAAGAUCACCGACUUCGGGCUGUGCAAGGAGGGCAUCAAGGACGGCGCCACCAUGAAGACCUUCUGCGGGACGCCCGAGUACCUGGCCCCCGAGGUGCUGGAGGACAACGACUACGGCCGGGCGGUGGACUGGUGGGGGCUGGGCGUGGUCAUGUACGAGAUGCUGUGCGGGCGGCUGCCCUUCUACAACCAGGACCACGAGAAGCUCUUCGAGCUCAUCCUCAUGGAGGAGAUCCGCUUCCCGCGCACGCUCAGCCCCGAGGCCAAGGCCCUGCUGGCGGGGCUGCUCAGGAAGGACCCCAAGCAGAGGCUCGGAGGGGGCUCUGAGGACGCCAAGGAGAUCAUGCAGCACCGCUUCUUUGCCAGCAUCGUGUGGCAGGACGUGUACGAGAAGAAGCUCAUCCCGCCCUUCAGGCCCCAGGUCACCUCGGAGACGGAUACCCGGUAUUUUGACGAGGAAUUCACAGCCCAGAUGAUCACUAUCACGCCCCCGGACCAAGACGACAACAUGGAGUGUGUGGACAGCGAGCGGAGGCCCCACUUCCCGCAGUUCUCCUACUCGGCCAGCGGCACGGCCUGA